ACUUUCUUUCUCACUUGCCAGGGAGCCAUUCCUUCUGCAGCUGUCUCGCAGGCAUGGACAACCUGCGCGAGACUUUCCUCAGCCUCGAGGAUGGCUUGGGCUCCUCUGACAGCCCUGGCCUGCUGUCUUCCUGGGACUGGAAGGACAGGGAAGGGCCCUUUGAGCUGAAUCAGGCCUCCCCCUCUCAGAGCCUUUCCCCGGCUCCAUCGCUGGAAUCCUAUUCUUCUUCUCCCUGUCCAGCUGUGGCUGGGCUGCCCUGUGAGCAUGGCGGGGCCAGCAGUGGGGGUAGCAAUGGCUGCAGUGUCGGUGGGGCCAGUGGCCUGGUAGAGGUGGACUACAAUAUGUUAGCUUUCCAGCCCACCUACCUCCAGGGUAGUGGUGGCCCCAAGGCCCAGAAGGGCACCAAAGUCAGGAUGUCUGUCCAGCGGAGGCGGAAAGCCAGCGAGAGGGAGAAGCUCAGGAUGAGGACCUUGGCAGAUGCCCUGCACACCCUCCGGAAUUACCUGCCACCUGUCUACAGCCAGAGAGGCCAGCCUCUCACCAAGAUCCAGACACUCAAGUACACCAUCAAGUACAUCCGGGAACUCACAGACCUCCUCAACCGCGGCAGAGAGCCCAGAGCCCAGAGCGCGUGAGCUCCGUCCGGGGAAACUGACCGGUUCCAGCCUCCUGGGCAGGAGUAGAGGAGCUUUGAAGACCUGGAUAUCGUACUGAACAAUGAUCAGCGUAGCGUGAUUUUUAUGUAGUAAGCGUGGUAAUCUUGUGAUCUGAAAAACCCUAAGGGAAUUCACAUCUGACCUGUUGGACCCACCAGAACACUUACCUGCCAGAUGAGCAAAGACUUUCACCUCCAGUUUUUUUCCACCAUCUCUGGGAGGCUCAUCCUUUGCAAAGAGACAGAUUAUUUUGCCCUUCUCUGUCUGUUCAAGGUAUUUUAAAGGGUCAGAGAUUUUAAAUGCAUUUUUUUAAUAAUGUAAAAGUGUUACAGUUAAUCUCCUGCCAUUUUGGUGUUGAGACCUUUUCUUCUGUUGCUAAGGAAACCUGUAUUUUGUAUAGGAUCCAGUGUGAUAUCUGGUUCUUAUUUAGAAAGAUUUGUGCCAAGUAAAGGGCUUUUAGUGCUCUUGUUUCAUUUUUUGUGUGUAUGUGUGUGUGUUUGUGUUUGACUGAAAUCAUGCUGUUGCAGGGACCAAAAUCACUUAAAUGCAGAAGGCACUGGUGUCAUCAUAAAUGGAAAGUCACAGGCAGACAGGCUAAGUUAAGACAGUGAAGAUUCCAAAAGCCAGAGCCUCCUCUUCAUAGGCAGACAGCUUGUGUGACAGGGAAGGAGGGUACG